UUCAGGUAAUAACAGUAGGAUGAAUCUAUAUCGGAGGUCCGGAAUCGUACGUUGACGUGUUCAAUUGUUCGGUGUUAUGAAUAGACACGAGUGUUGAGUGCGACAGAGACGGCUCUGGGCUGUCGGGAUACUAGCCGGGAUACUACCCCGCAUUCCCAGAAAUGUGCGAGUGAAAUUCGGCAAAAGCAGCCGUGAUUGUAGCAGCUGACCUUCUGAGACAACAAGUCCAUCAUUCCUCCUCACAGCAUGGCCUCGGUCGCCGCUUGGCUGCCUUUUGCGCGGGCGGCGGCAAUCGGGUGGGUGCCCAUCGCCACGCACCCUUUACCUCCACCACCGGUGCCCAAGGACCGCAGGAAGACCGACGACGAGAAGCUUCUGAUCAACGUAUCUGGCCGCCGAUUUGAAACUUGGCGCAAUACUCUAGAGAAGUAUCCCGAUACUCUACUAGGCUCUAACGAAAGGGAGUUCUUUUACGACGAAGACGUCAAAGAAUACUUCUUUGACCGCGACCCGGAUAUCUUCCGACACAUUCUCAACUAUUACAGAACUGGGAAGUUGCACUACCCGAAGCACGAAUGUCUGACCAGCUACGACGAAGAGCUGGCCUUCUUCGGGAUCCUACCCGACGUCAUCGGGGACUGCUGUUACGAAGACUAUCGCGACAGAAAGCGUGAGAAUGCUGAGAGGCUUAUGGAUGAUAAGCUUUCGGAGAACGGGGAUCAGCACCUUCAGCAGCUGACCAAUCUGCGCCAGAAGAUGUGGCGGGCCUUUGAGAACCCUCAUACAUCCACAGCCGCCUUGGUGUUCUAUUAUGUCACGGGGUUCUUCAUUGCUGUCUCGGUGAUGGCCAAUGUGGUAGAAACUGUACCUUGCGGGAGCAGACCUGGUGGAGCAGGCUCACUACCGUGCGGAGAGAGGUACAAGAUUGUCUUCUUCUGCUUGGAUACAGCUUGCGUUAUGAUAUUCACCGCCGAGUACCUCCUCAGGAUGUUCGCAGCACCAAAUCGCUACAAAUUCGUGCGAUCUGUGAUGAGCAUUAUAGACGUUGUCGCUAUUUUGCCGUACUACAUCGGACUUGGCAUCACAGAUAACGACGAUGUUUCUGGGGCGUUCGUUACCCUGCGAGUAUUCCGUGUAUUCAGAAUUUUCAAAUUUUCGAGGCAUUCACAAGGUCUCCGAAUUUUGGGCUAUACGCUUAAGUCUUGCGCUUCCGAGUUAGGCUUCCUUGUAUUCUCAUUAGCAAUGGCCAUCAUCAUCUUUGCCACCGUGAUGUUCUACGCUGAGAAGAACGUCGGCAAGACCUUCACUUCUAUUCCAGCUGCAUUUUGGUACACCAUUGUCACAAUGACUACGUUAGGGUAA